UGAUCUGGUAGUGUCUUCUACCAUGGUGUGCUGGCAGAGAGGAGAUUCUGGGAUUCCCCCAGGCUGGUUCAACCCAGUUGGGAGCACCUACAAGUUGAUUUCUUUUUUCUUCGUCCUUGUGACUUCAGUGAACUCAAUUGGUGUUUCUCACUUGGUGAAUUCUGCCUUUCCAGGCACUGUCAUUUGCAGUGAAAAUGAAAUAACAGUGGAGUUUCCAAGCGAUCUUAGCACCAAGAAAUGGCAUGCAUUCGUGGUGGAUCCCCUUGGUCUAGACAUGCCAAACUGCCCUUAUGUCCUGGAUCCAGAAAAGCUCACCCUGAGGGCUCCUUAUGACAACUGUACCAAAAGAGUGCUUGGUGGGUACCAGAUGACCAUCAGAUUCAUGAACAGCAGUACUGCUUUAAGAAACAGGGCUGUCAUGUAUCAGUUCUUCUGUCCAACUAUGCAAGUAGAAGAGACCCAUGGGCUUUCAGAAUCUACAGUCUGCAAGAAAGAUUCCAUGUCUUUUUCCUUGCCACGGGUUUUCUCUGGCUUGGCUGAUGACAUUGAGGAAACUAUUCAGCUGGGAUGGAGUGUUGAGGUUGGUGAUGGUGUAAGAGCCAAAACUCUGACCCUGCCAGAGGCCAUGAAUCAAGGCUUUGGUCUUCUGAUUGAAAACCACAAGAUGACCUUCCAUGUGUCAUUCAAUGCCACUGGAGUGACUCACUAUAUGCAAGGUAACAGUCAUCUCUACAUGGUGUUUUUGAAGCUUAUGUUUGUAUCUCCCGGGCAGAAGGUAAUCUUCUCAUCACAAGCUAUUUGUGCACCAGAUCCUGUGUCCUGUAAUGCCACACACCUGACUGUCACCAUACCAGAGUUUCCUGGGAAGCUUAAGUUAGUGAACUUUGAAAACAGGAACAUCAUUGUGAGCCAGUUGCAUGACAAUGGGAUUGAUUUUGAAGUGACAAAUGGCUUGAGAUUGCAUUUCAGCAAAACUCUUCUGAAAACAAAAUCCUCUGAAAAAUGCCUACUCGAUCAGUUCUAUGUCUCUUCACUCAAGCUGACCUUUUACCUGCGAAAGGAGACAGUCUCCAUGGUGAUUUAUCCUGAGUGUCUCUGUGAGUCACCGGUUUCUAUAGUUACAGGUGAGCUGUGUACCCAGGAUGGAUUUAUGGACUUUGAGGUCUACAGUCACCAAACAAAACCAGCUCUCAACUUGGGUACCCUCAGGGUGGGAAACUCAUCCUGCCAACCUGUCUUCAAGGCUCAGUCCCAGGGGAUAGUACGAUUUCACAUACCCCUGAAUGGCUGUGGGACGAGAUAUAAGUUUGAAGAUGAUAAAGUCAUCUACGAAAACGAAAUACAUGCUCUCUGGACAGAUCUUCCUCCAAGCAAAAUAUCCAGAGAUAGCGAGUUCAGGAUGACAGUGAAAUGUUCUUACAGCAGAGAUGACAGGCUACUAAACGUCAAUGUCAAAAGUCUUCUUCCUCCAGUGGCCUCAGUGAAGCAAGGUCCACUUACCUUGAUCCUGCAAGCCUACCCAGAUAACUCCUACCAACAACCUUAUGGGAACAACGAGUAUCCUAUAGUGAGAUUCCUCCGCCAACCAAUUUACAUGGAAGUGAGAGUCCUAAACAGGGAUGACCCCAACAUCAAGCUAGUCUUAGAUGACUGCUGGGCAACGUCCACCACAGACCCAGACUCUCUCCCCCAGUGGAAUAUUGUUGUGGAUGGCUGUGCAUACAACUUGGACAACUACCAAACUAACUUCCACCCAGUUGGUUCCUCUGUGACCCAUCCUGAUCACUACCAGAGGUUUGACGUGAAGACCUUUGCCUUUGUAUCAGAAACCCAGGCACUUUCUAGUCUGAUCUACUUCCACUGCAGCACCUUAAUCUGCAAUCAGCUCUCUCCUGACUCCCCUCUAUGUUCUGUGACUUGCCCUGUAUCAGCUAGGCUCAGGCGAGCCACAGGGGUCACUGAAGAAGAGAAAAUGACAGUCAGCCUCCCAGGACCCAUUCUCCUGUUGUCAGAUGACUCUUCAUUCAGAGGUGUCAGCCGCUCUGAUCUGAGACUGGCAAAAGCAAGUGGGAACAGUGGGAGUGGAGCAGGGAAGGAGGAAGUUGGCUCACAAGAUAUUGUGGGUGCCAAAGGGCAUGGGACUGCUGGAGAUGUUGCUAUUAAAGCAGUGACUGUCAUGGCUGCCAUAGCAGGUGUGGUGGCAACUCUAGGCUUCAUCAAUUAUCUGUGCAAGAAAAGAACCCUGAUGUUAAAUCACUAA